UUGUUGCUCACUUUGCUUUGUUCGUUUGUUUGUUUGUGUGUUUGUUUGUUGUUGCUGAGCCGUGGACGAUCACGCUCUGCUCCUGGUGUCAUCUCACGCACCCUAACGCGUCUCUGUCCAUUUCACAUCCUGUUGUUGAUUCACACCUUUGUUCUGCCAUUUUUCCAGUCAUCGAUUAGUUUCCGAUGUGUUGAUUGUCGGUCCUACUCGGAUUUUGUUGGAGAUUCGCGGACGAUUGCCUGCGAGGUGAAUUUUAGGUUGUUUGUGGGAAUUUCGGUGUUGAUUUUCUUCAAAUUUCAGGGUUAGAGGGCUCUCGGAGUUGCAAGCAGCAGAAGUUCUUUACUUUUUUUUUUACUGAUUUUCUUAUUUCCGACCCUAUCGAACAGAUUUUCAAACAUGGCUAUCCUGUAUGCCUUGGUCGCGAGAGGGACUGUGGUUCUGGCAGAAUUCAGCGCCGCAUCAGGAAAUGCGAGCACCAUAGCCCGCCGAAUCUUGGAAAAGCUGCCUCCUGGAGGAGAUAGCCGUGUAUCCUAUUCGCAAGACCGGCACAUUUUUCAUAUCUUGAAAGCUGAUGGCCUGACAUUUCUUUGCAUGGCUACUGAUUCUUUUGGAAGAAGAAUCCCUUUCGCAUAUCUUGAGGAUAUCCACAUGAGGUUUAUGAAAAACUACGGAAAAGUGGCAAGCACAGCCUUGGCGUACACAAUGAAUGACGAGUUUUCCAGAGUUUUGCACCAACAAAUGGAGUAUUUUUCCACUAAUAAACAGGCAGAUAGUAUAAACAGAGUGAAGGGGGAAAUUGUGGAAGUUCGGGCUGUCAUGGUGGAGAAUAUUGAUAAGGUGUUGGAGAGAGGUGAUCGCAUUGAAUUGCUGGUGGACAAGACAGCCACUAUUCAGGAUAAUACCUUUCGCUUCAAGAAGCAGUCACGUCGACUGCGACAAGCCAUGUGGAUAAAAAACGCCAAACUUUUGGCAACUCUGACUUGUCUCAUAAUUGUCUUAUUGUACAUCAUCAUUUCGUUCUUCUGUGGUGGAAUUUUCCUUCGAAGCUGCCGUGGAUAAUGGCCACCGAUGGAAUCAGACACACGGUUAUUUCCCUUGAACGUUCUCUUUUUCAUCUUCAGAAUUUGAUGAAGAAAGUCUUUGGGGCUUGAUGAUUGAACUCAGCUCUUCAACAUGUCGGGAGGGAAGCAUCCCAACCAGCUCCAAGCAUUUUGAUGAAGCCAUUAACGCAUGGUUUAUGCCUUAAGUAAGUGCUUCACAUACUAGCAAGUAGCGAAGUCCGGAAUUUGUGAUGAUUGAACAUGUUCUUAAAAGUAGCAAUUGCCUUUGCUUCAGCUUUUGGAAGGCAUGAUGGAUGCUGUACUCCAAGUACAUAGGGUAUUUGAAGGAUCUCUUGAAGGGUUUCGUCCAGUUCAUGUGUAGAAGACUAUUUUUUUAGUUUGAUCAUAAGUUACAUGUCAUGGUUAGGUAGUUGAAUUGCAUCAGGUAUUCAGGUGCAAAGGCUUAGUUGUAGAAAUACUCGUUUUCUUACCAUAAUUCUGUGUACACAGUGUGUAUUGAGGCUCAGUGUUCCUGGUUUAAGGAACUUUCUUUAACUUCUUGAGAUGAUUUGCGCACA